ACUUCAAAGAAUCGAUUCUUUUCGAGAGUUUUGAAGAUAUUGGUGCAGCCGGUUAGUGAUUUGGGAGUGUACAAGUGUUCUUCUUCGAUCGAAUUUGGAUACGUUAUGGUUUAUACUAUGUAUUCGAUACAUUGGUACUGUGUCAAGUACGAUGAAUCUCGAGGCAGACCGGUUUUGACUUUUGGUUACCUCGGAGGUAAGCAAUUCAAGAGUUGUUCCAUUGCGAGCGCUUCUUGGAGCCCUCAUCUUCCUGGAGAGAGUUUGGUCUUGUUAGAGAACGGUGAGGUCUUUAUCAAAGCUGUUUCCUUCAUGUUUUGCACCACAAGCGCAAGUGAGAACAUUGCCACCGUAAACGUUGCAAUCCGAAUAGGUCUUGUGGAGUUUGAGCUCAGACUGAUAGAAGGAACUUCGAGGGAGGAUUUUGAAAGGGACGACGUGGAGAGGGAGGAUCAUGUGGAUCAUGUGCAGCCUGUGCCUAUGCCUCUGCAGAUUGUGCCUCUGCAGUGGUCGAACCCAACACUUCCAUCACUU